GGAAAGGUCUAGGAGGAUGACUAAAUGCUCAGAGGCAAGAAGGUCUAGGAUCUUGGUACGGAUUAGUUGAAGGACGUUGGCUGACAGAAGAAGGAAAGAAAUGGAUCAGGUGGCAGCCUUGGAGCUCACAUCCGUUGACCUGCAGAGCCACAAGAAUAACAAGGAGCAUCACACGCAGGAGAUGGGCUUGAAGCGGCUUAUCGUGCGCCGUGGCCAGACCUUCAUGCUCCGACUGUACUUCAACCGACCCUUCCACUCUGGGACCGACUACAUCAUCUUCGUGGCUGAGACCGGACCAGAGCCCACGGAGUUGCUUGGAACCCGAGCCACCUUUGCACUCACGCAGGCCCGACAAGGGAAUGUCUGGAGUGCUGCUGACUUCACCAUUGACUCCAGCUCGCUCUAUGUCUCCUUUUUCACACCAACCAAUGCUGUCAUUGGCCCCUACACUCUGAAGAUAGAGAUCUCUCGGAGCCAGGGUCCCAGGAUGGUUUACCCCCUGGGAACUUUCAUCCUGCUUUUUAACCCUUGGAGUGCAGAGGACGAUGUCUACCUGCCAAGUGAAAUACUGCUGCAGGAGUACAUCCUGAUGGACUAUGGCUUUGUUUACAAGGGUCAUGAAAGAUUUAUCACUUCCUGGCCCUGGAACUACGGGCAGUUUGAAGAGGACAUCAUAGAUAUCUGCUUUGAGAUCCUGAACAAAAGCCUGUACUUCUUAAAGAACCCAUCCAAAGACUACUCCCAGCGGAACAACGUGGUGUAUGUGUGCAGGGUGGUGAGUGCCAUGAUCAACAGCAAUGAUGACAAGGGCGUGCUGCAGGGGAACUGGGGAGAGGACUACUCUGGGGGUGUCAGCCCACUGGAGUGGAACGGCAGUGUAGCCAUCCUGCGGCAGUGGUCAGCCAGGGGCGGGCGGCCUGUGAAGUACGGGCAGUGCUGGGUCUUCGCAGCUGUUAUGUGCACCGUGAUGAGGUGCUUAGGUAUUCCAACUCGUGUUGUUUCCAAUUUCCGUUCUGCACACAACAUGGAUGGGAACUUAACCAUUGACACCUACUAUGACCAAAAUGCAGAGAUGCUGCCAGCUCAGAAACGAGACAAAAUAUGGAAUUUUCAUGUCUGGGAUGAGUGCUGGAUGAUCCGGAAAGAUCUGCCCCCUGGGUACAAUGGGUGGCAGGUUCUGGACCCCACUCCCCAGCAAACCAGCAGCGGGCUGUUCUGCUGCGGCCCUGCCUCUGUGAAGGCCAUCAGAGAAGGGGAGGUCCAUCUCGCCUAUGACACCCCAUUUGUGUACGCCGAGGUGAAUGCUGAUGAAGUCGUUUGGCUCUUCGGGGAUGGGCAGGCCCAGGAAAUCCUGGUCCACAACACCAGUUCUGUUGGGAAGGAAAUUAGCACCAAGAUGGUAGUGUCAGAUCAGCGCCAGAACAUCACCAGCUCCUACAAGUAUCCAGAAGGAUCCCCUGAGGAGCGAUCUGUGUUCAUGAAGGCUUCCCGGAAGAUGCUGGGCCCAAGCAGGGCCUCUUCACCCUUCCUGGAUCUGCUGGGGUCCGAGGGCUUCCAGGACCCACCGGCGCAACUGCAGCUUCACCUGGCCAGGCCGCCUGAGUGGGGGCAGGACCUGCUGCUGAAGCUGCAUGCCCGGAGGGUACCAGACAGAGCCCACCCCCAGGGCCCCAUCAGGCUGGAGGUGCGCUUCUGUGCACAGGCUCUGUUACACAAGGGCGGUGCCCGGGAGCCCCUCUGGAGGAAGACAGCGCACCUGGACCUGGACUUCGGGGAGGAGGUACGGCUGCCGCUCUUGCUACCCUUCGACAACUAUAGAAAGAAGCUGAUGGAUGAAAAGCUGAUCCGUGUGUCUGGAAUUGCCAGGGUGGAGCAGACAGGAAGGUCCGUGCUGGUGCUGAAAGAUAUCUCUCUGGAAACUCCCCACUUAUCUAUUGAGGUCCCUGAGAGGGCUGAGGUGGGCAAGGCUCUGAGAGUCCACAUCACCCUCACCAACACCCUCACGGUGGCUCUCAGGAACUGCACGAUGGUGCUGGAGGGAAGUGGCCUCAUUGAUGGGCAGAUAUCAAAAAACAUCGGGACUGUGGUGGGUGGACACACCAUUGAAAUCCAGGUGGACCUCUACCCCAUCAAAGCAGGACGCCGUCAGCUGCAAGUCCUCAUCAGCAGCAGCGAGGUCAAGGAGAUCAAAGGCUACAAGCACAUCUUUGUUGCCACAGCCAGGGCUUCUUGAACCCUGCCCCCACCCUCCUCAGGCCCACCCUGUCCCCCAGCACCUCCCUGAGCCCUGCCACCCUCAUGUCCUCCUGGCCCCACCUCUCUCUUUUCUACUCCUGAAGGUAUAGGGUUCUGUUUGCUUCUUCUCUGCCCUCUUCUAGCCUGCCUGGGGGGUGGAGGGGGACAUGAAGCUCUUGGAACCACUGUGCAUCUCAGGAAGAGACAAUAAAGAUGUCUUUAUUUAUUACUGGCAUUGUCUCUUCUGUGCUAACAAGUUGCUUUCUGCAUUUAAAUUGUCUUAGCAAGCCUGCAGGCCGAGGCUGGAGGGAGGUGUCCGGACGUCAGCCUGGAUGUGCUGGGAGCACACUGACUGUGGCAACAUGGGGGUUGCCCAGGCGCUGUCCGGCAGGACUCCUCUGCUGCCACCCUGAGAGCAUGGCAACAGCCCCAGGAUGACUGGGAGGCACUUCGUAGCUAGCUGCCCCCAGUGGCAGGCCCUCACUUUCCCUGACCCCAUCUUCCUCUCUUGUUCCCUCACCCAUCUGCUCCUCUUCAUCUUUGACUCUAUCCAAGUCACCCUAA